AUGGCCCCUCGUAUCGAGCAACAAGAAAUCGAGACAUAUUGGAACAUAUUCUCAGCCAGAGCCAAUGGCGGAAAGUAUCUAACUGGCGAGCAAGCUGCGCCAGUCCUCAAAAACAGUGGAUUGAGCGACGCCCAGCUGGAGAAGGUGUGGGACUUGGCGGACGUGGACGGCGAUGGCAACCUGGACUUUGAGGAGUUCUGCGUGGCCAUGCGCCUCAUCUUCGACCUCCUGAAUGGCGAGUACACCGAUGUGCCAGCUACGCUGCCGGACUGGCUCGUGCCGGAGAGCAAGGCACACUUGGUGCAAGCUAGCCGGGCACUCACGGGCAAAGCGCCUCAGAUCGAGCGGGUCGAGGUCGACGAUGACGACUCGUCUGGUCUGAAGGAUGGCUUUGACUGGUACAUGAGCCCAGAGGACAAGGCCAAGUACGAGCAGAUCUACAACGAGGCCCGCGACAUGCGCGGCGAAGUGUCAUUCUCCUCCCUCCAAGAACUCUACGACUCCCUCUCAAUCCCCGACACGGACAUUCGCUCAGCCUGGAACCUGGUCAACCCGUCAGCCGCGCAAACGAUCAACAAAGAUGCUUGUCUCUGCUUCCUGCACAUCCUCAACAACCGACACGAAGGGUACCGCAUCCCGCGCACGAUCCCAGCCUCACUGCGUGCCAGCUUUGAGCGUAAUCAAAUCGACUACCAAAUUAAUAACGCACGCACAGCGGCCGCUUCGCGCUGGGCGACCAAGGCCGACGACGAGACAAGCACGGGCCGCAAAGCGAAGUUCGGUGAGCAAUACCUGACCCGGUUGGGUCGCGGCACGUUCAAAACUUCGGGCACCGAUUUCAGCGCGGCUAAGACGGACGCAGAGUGGGAGGAGGUGCGGUUGAAGAGGCAGUUAGCUGAGUUGGAUGAGAAGCUGGCCAAGGUAGAACAGGCUGUGGAGAAGCGUAAGGGUGGGAAGCGUGACUCGAAGCCGGCGCUGGUCAAGCGUGAGCUGGAGCAGCUGCUGGAUUACAAACGAAAGGUGCUAAGGGAGCUGGAAGAAGGCACAGGGAGGGGUAGGGAGGGGAGUAAUUUGAAGAGUGUCAGAGAGGAUUUGCAGACGGUAAAGGAGCAGGUCGAGAGCUUGGAGGCGCAUCUGAAGUCGCGACAGGAGGUAUUGGAGCAGUUGAAGAGGGAGAUUGAAGAGGAGAAGGCGAGCAGAUGA